CAUCCUGUUUCACCAUGAACAUGAGGACGACUCAUGCCUCGUUCUCCACGGCAAUCGACUCCGCUUGAUCGAACUACAUGCAGAGGACACCACUCUCGAGGUCUUCAGCCCUAAACUCCAACAUCUACAGCCGUGCCGACUCGGGCCUGGCCGUGGCUCGUUGCAGUCUCAUGCUUGUAGACCGCAUAAUCCACGUCCGCGGGGAAAAGAGGAUAGUAAAGGCAGCACCGGAAGAAGCACAACCGCGGGAUACUGUUAACCUCCUUGUUGUUAAAGAAGGCUACCACCAAGGCAGCUGGCAGUAUGUCGUCCUCUGUAGUUGCUGAUGAAGAUCAGCUCCACGAAAAGGGUAGAGAGCAUGCUGAAGCCAUCCAGGAACGAGCAUCAAAGCGUGGCAACCAACAGGCUGCCGCUGCUGCUGCUGCUGCUGCUGCUGCGGGGAAGGGGAGGCGCAAGGGGGCGGACGCAGCUCUCUCCAACCCUCUAGCAUUGGCUCACGAUGGCGGGACGAGAAGCGGGGCUACCCCAGAGGCUUCGCGCGAGGAGCAGGCUUCGGAGGAGCGUCGCUCUAGCGCGCUGGAGUUGACCCAGAAAGACCACAUGUUGAUGGAGCGAGUACGGGUCAUGCUGGGGGCGAGCGCUGCAGACCAGGCAGCAGCUAAGGAGGCGGUGGUCAACGCGGCGAACACUCGCGCGCUCCGUGCCUCGCUCCAAGCGCUGAAGUGGCACAGCAACAGCUCGAUAGGGUGGACCGCGUACACGACAGCGCUCGCCACAGCAGCGGGAGCGGGGGAGCACACGUGUCCUGACCCCAACCUGUGCCACCCUGGCAACCGGUGCAAGCCCGCUGAGCCUGGUGGAGUGAGCUUUGCCGAGCGAGCCAAGAGUCUCGGCAUUCGGUACGAGACUUUCGGCGACGCACGUUUCCGGAUGCACAACACGAACCACGACAUCGCCCCCAGGGACGCUGUGAGUGACGGGUGCUACGUGUAUAACGAGCGCAAGACACGGAGUGACGUGACGAAUCCCGAGGUAAUGGCUCUCGCCAAGGCUUUUUGGCACUCCGACGACGUUUCCCGUGCAACAGGAAAUUCAGGCAAGUUGCUGCGUCGCGCACGAGUUUCUGCUAGGCUACGCCGCGGAGGCGGACAAGGCGCGUGAAGGCCACUUCACAACCUGGUCCCCUUACCGGAUCAAGAGCUUCGAAGUCAGGAAGUUUGGCCCCAAGGAAUUCCUCGCCCACCGAUAGAUCUGACGGGGAUCCCUGGAAGUUCCAAGCUAUACUUUUUCACGGGAACAGAGGAGGAGCAGGAGGAUGUGCAGGAUACCUGUAGUCUUGUGUGGGCUACAAGUGUGGGGGUGCAGACAGACGAUUCUGGGGUGGAAGCGGCCGGAGGUAAGGUGUUGACGGCUAGGAAGUGGGUGGUAGACGAGUCCAGGGCGAGGAAAUGGACCGCCCCCAAGAACUUCACCAGAUCUUGGA